AUGAUCCUGAAUCUAAAGAAACUAAACAGGUUCAUCGAAAACAAGCCAUUCAAGAUGGAAUGCCUCUCCAAGAUCCUGCCCCUGCUUCGCCCCCACGACUGGGCGGCAUCUAUAGACUUAUCGGACGUGUAUCUUCACGUUCCAAUAACAAGGUCCUCUCAGCAUCUCCUAGGUUUCGCAAUAGGAGGGGACACUUACCAGUACCAGGCCCUCCCUUUCGGCCUUCGCUCUGCUCCUCGCUUCUUUACAAGGCUCGUCAGGGUAAUUGCUGCAGAGCUAAGAAGAAGGGGUAAAAAUUUUUUUUUGCUAUCUGGACGAUUGGUUGAUCCUCGCCCCCUCAGAACAAACCCUUCUCAGACACUUGAAGGUCACAAUCGCGUUAACGACAAAUUUAGGCCUUCUCAUAAACUGAGAAAAAUCAAGAUUGACUCCAACUCAGACUCCGGAUUUCCUUGGAGCAUUUAUAGACAUCCCGCGUCAGGUGGCAGCCCCCCUUCCCCACCGGGUUCAGAGAAUGAGAGCAGUCGCGGAGCAACUCCUGUCCAGUCGUCUCUCGACUGCGAAGACUUGGCAGAUUUUUCUGGGACUCUUAGCAAGCUUAGUGAAUACAGUCCCCCCUUGCAGACUGAGGAUGAAUUUUCACAUAAACAGUUUGGAGAUGAUUGCGGUGCAGUUAGCCCUCCAACACUUUGCAUCCGAGAUAGUGGAAAAGUGUGUCCUGAUAAAGUCAGACAACCAGACGGUGGUAACAUAUCACAUAGCAGACUUCUUAUCGAGGGGGCGCUAUCUCCCCUCGGAAUGGAUGCUCCACGAGGCUGUGGCCAGGGAGAUAUUCAAUCAUUUCAGCAACCCACAGAUAGAUCUAUUUGCCUCAACACUACCAGGGACCCAGCACUACUACCCCGAGCCCAACAAACUGAGGCUCACACUGUGGCCCAUUACAGGGCAGCAGCAAUCAAGGCUGGACUUUCUGAACGGGCUGCCAAUUUCUCAGCAGAACGUUUACGGUCUUCCACACGAUCAACCUACGACUCCAGACUCAGUCACUAUGUGAGAUGGUGUUGGCAGGCUAAGACUAAUCCAUGCAGGGCAUCUGUAGGGCUGUCUCGCCGGAUUCUAUCUCUCGUUGGAUUGUGGAGGCAGUGAAAUCUGCUGGUGAUCCAGUCAUCAUUCACCAGAAAGUUAGAGCCCAUGACACAAGAGGAUUGGCUGCUUCCUGGGCCUUAUUCAAGGGCGUACCCAUGGAGGAUAUAAUGAAAGUGGCAUAUUGGUCCAACGCUAAUACAUUCACAUCCUGCUACCUCUCGGAUGUCCUCGGUGAUGAAUCCAAGUUUGCGAGGGCCACCCUGUCCGGUCCCCAUCGCUAAUCCAAGGUAUGAGUUUAACUUUACAAGCUUGUCAUUAGUAUCUUGUAUAAUAGAAUUGAUCUGUAGGGCCUCUUGGCUUUGACCUUUGGCCUGACCACCUCCCAUAGUUGUUUCCGUGGGAAUCUGGCAUUUAAGGGAAUAGGUAAGUAUGGCGUAUCUGAAGUAGAUUAUGUUGUUCAGUAGUGAACACCAUAUCUACGAAGUAGCCAUACUUACCUAUGCUACCCUCCCACCUCCCCUCUUUCUGUAUCUGAGGUUCGUUUGCCUAAGAAAGAGGAAGUGAGCCACGCACGCAAGGUA